AUGUCGAGGCUAAAAGCCAUCAAUGGAAUAAUGCUAAGACCAAUCAUAUGGAAACGACCCUCGAGCAACGAUGCCAUUUUACAAUUCAUUAGACAGAAUCAAGAAAUCUCCCAAUCAAGCGUUUUCCAGGGAACUCUCUAUGAGCAUACUGUAAUGAGGGAGCUGAGUGGAAAACUGAGUAUGAACCAACUGCAAAAAAUCGGUGGCUCUCAUGAUCGUGGUGUAGAUAUUAGAGGACAAUGGCCAUUAGAUUUUGUGUUCGGUCAAGUAACUAAAGUUGUCCCGUUAGAUGCCGUUCCCAAGCGGUGCAAGAUCCACGGUACUACUCUGAAGCCUUUAAGAUGUAAAAUAGAGGAGAAUGAUGGUAAAUUGGAUCCGUUAAAGGCACUAGUGCAGUGCAAGGCCUUUAGCGGCUCUAAAGUAUCGCCAAGAGAGUUCAGAGAACUUGUAGGUACGUUUGCAUCAAUAGUACCUGAUUCACAGAGGAACCGUAGUGUAAUCUUGAUGUGUUCCCCAAAUUUACUUACGAAGGAAGGGUUGAGUCUUAUAAACACUGUAAAAGUGCCAUUGAUUUAUCUUAGAAUUGAAAUGCUACAACGAAUAGGUGACAAUUACGAUGUGGACAAUUCAGGUAGAUUACUGAAUUAUUACGAGAACGACUACGCAGCAGCACUGUUGCAAGGGUGUGGUAUUAAAGAAUGGUUAAAAUUAUCACUUUAUAGACGAUGA